CUGCACGAGGCCACCCUGGCACUGCCCUACCACUUCAGAAAGGCAGACCUCUACCAGGAGGGAGAUGGAGAAGGACAACGGACACUCAAGAGACAAGGGUCACUCAAACGCUCCCUCUCUCUCAAGAAGAAGUCGUCAGUGAGGGAACCAGGGAAGGAGACUCCUGUGAAGAGAACUGACUCGUUUGGUAACAAGAAGGAGCUCGUCAUCAGAAGAACUGGCUCUCUCAAGUGA